AUGUCAGAGCCAACCUCCGCUUUAAACCCCGACAACCACAACAACAUCGCACUGGGAACGACCCACUGCGAAAACACAUUAAUCCCAUACACGCGGUCAAAUAAUGCUGUCAUGACCACCAAGAGUGAAGACCUGGGGUCUUCUCCGCAGGCUACCUCCGACCCCGACAACACCGCAACCACCACCAUGAACUCCAAAACCAGCGCUCAGCGCGUCCCUCCCCCAGAAAAACCAGAGGCGACCCGGACCAGAUUUAAGGUGAUUGCGGCCUUUUGGGCUGUGAUUAUCUUCCUGGGGCUGCCCAUCUGGUGGAAGACGACGUCGAUUUACAGGGCACAUUUGCCUUUCCAGGAGAUGGUCGAUUGGGCCGAUGGCAAGAGCUGUCGUCCUGUUUUCCCAUUGGAAAUCCAAAUCGCUGCUCCGUCGAUGCCAGACCCCGAAGCGCAGUUACUCCUCCGUACGACGCAACAUACUCUCGAUGAUCUCAACGAAUUCUCGGCCCAUCAUCUACGAUUGAAAUUGACAGAAGAUCGAGACAAUACUGGAUAUGUCAAGGAAGAGACGCAUGUAAAAGCGGACACUACGUUGACCAUCCGUUUGGUGCCACAGGACAACCUGCCAACCCCCAGAUCGGAACUGAGCCCGGAAACCACUCAACUGGACGUGUUCUAUUCCCCCAACCAAAGCCCAGUUCCUUCGUCGUCCAAUUCGCCCUUGUCUACCUUUAUUGCCGGUGAAUUGCAACGCCUGUUCAGCGAGGAGAAAGCGACCAUCGCGCACAUAUUGUCCAACGGCCAUACCCAAUUGUCGGAGAACAUUAGCCGGAGAUUGAGACGCUCGUUGAAGUAUGCGGAUACAUAUCAUCUGGCUUUCUCGCUGUUCACUCCGGGACCUGCGCCGUCGUCAUGGGCGGUCCAAGAAGCAAUUGAGGACUAUCUUUCGCCGCUCCUGCAAGCCUUUGCUCCGAUUAGCAACUUCACAGUCGACACACAAGUUCAGUUGUACGCGACGUUUUCGCCUACGGCACCGUUACCUGAGUUUGAUGAGUCGCAAUCAGCAUGGACCUUGAAGCAAGAGGAUCUCAGCGCCUUUGUCAACGCCGCAGAAUGGCCCUUGAGUCCUAGUAUCGGCAGUGGCCCAACCAUCAACUUCCUCCUCUACGUCCCCGACCCAUCCCAAUCCCCCAUGGUCGUGAAAGAGAACACUGCAACAAGCUGGAUCAUUCCCCAAUGGGGCGGCGUCUUCCUCCUCAACCAACCACUACCCACCGAAAACCCAUCAAACCCACCACACCUAUCCAAAGACUCCCUCCGUCCCGCCUUCAUGACCUUCUCCCACCAACUCCUCACCCUCCUGGGCACCCCCACAACACCAACCUCCCUCCCCUUCCGCCUCCAAACACUCAUCCGCAUCCGCGCCGCAACCCUCCUCCUCUCCGCCUCCUCAACAAUGGGCUCCCUAGCCCGUCUCACCGAAUCCCUCCCCUCAAUCCCCAUCCCCGCCACAGUCGCUGCAUCCGUCUCCAAGACCCUCUCGCACCUCUCCGCGGCAUGCACGCAUCUACGUGAAGGCCGUUUCUCCGCUGCUCUGGACAACGCGCGGGUAGCCGAGGCGGAGGCGGAACGCAGCUUCUUUGAGAAGAGUAUGGUGGGACAGGUGUAUUUCCCGGAUGAGCAUAAGGUGGCUGUUUACUUGCCAUUGCUGGGACCGAUUGGGGUGCCGCUUGUUGUUGGGUUGUUGAAGGAGGUUAAGAGGAUUGUCAAGGGAUUGAAGGGUAGGUAA